AUUAUUUUGACAUAAAGUCAUAGAUAUAAAGAUGACAUUUGUUAACCAGCCAUGUUGUACUCGUACGUCUUGUAAUUUUUCGUUGAUAGUUUUGUAAGAACUGCUUCUUAUUAUACGAAAUAUUGAAUGAAUGUUAUGAAUUGUGGUGCAUCUAAAUUUUGAAAGUGCAACAUAGGGUUUAUUGCGAGAAAACGCCACGAGAUUAGGGUUACGAUAACAAAUAAUAGCAUUACAAGAUGGCCAAGAAAAAGGUAAAAUCUAAACCGAAACAACCGCCGAAGUCAUCAAUUCCUGAGAAUUUAACUACAAAAGUACUAGCUGAAUCGUACAGUUCACCGUCUCCACCAGUUUUUUUGAAAGUUUGUCGACUGUGUGAAAGCAAAGAUGGACCUUUUUUGAAUAUUUUCGAUGCUGACAAAGUCACUGCUAAAAAGAUUGAGGAACUAAUGCCUUUUGGGAUUGCAGAAAAUGAUGAUCUCCCACAUAAAAUAUGUUUCCGUUGCUCAGCAAAAUUAGAAGAACUUUAUGAAUUUAUACAAAAAUGUAUUAAAACACAAGAAAACUUACGGACAGAAUUGGGUAAGACAGGUCCUUUCAUUACUAAAGCCAAAACCGUUAAAGUUUGGGAAGAGAAGCUAAAUAAAAAUAAUAUGAGUAACGAUGAUAUCUGCGAUGCUUUAAUAAAGAAAGCCAUGGCGGGUAUUAAGAAUAUACCUGUUAGUCCACCUGCACAAGAAGAACCAGCUCCACCAAUCAAACGAGUUACCCGGAGAAGUGAAACAACUGUGGUCAAAACAGAAACAGUUUCAGAUAAUGAAGAUGGUAAUAUUAGUCUUAAAGAUGUUAAGUCACAAAUGUUAAAGAAUAAAGAUAAAGUACCUGCAAGUAAACCAGCUAAAGCAGUUAGUAAUAAUGUAGAAUCAGCAGCAAAGCCUGGUAGUGUUAAAAAUCCUCAAAAGGAGGAAAGUCAGCCUGCUAAUAAACCCAAGAACAAUGCUCUAAUAAAUAACUUUAGUUUUGAUUAUGUGGAAGAAAAACCGCCAAGUGAAACUGUUGAGGAAACACCCAAGAAGCCAGCUGAAAAACCAUUUAAUAUUAUGGAUUAUAUAAGCAUGAUAAAAGUGAAUGGAGUAGGUGUAUUAUUUCAGUGUAAAUUGUGCAACAGAAACUUUUUGAAAAAAGAAGUAGUAGAAUCUCAUCAUUGUGCUAAAAAUGGAGUACCUAAAGUAGAAACUCCUAAAACAGUGCCUGUGCAAGAAGUACCCAAAGUCUCGACAGUUAAAUACAUUACACUUGAUAAUACGACGAAAAAAUCACAGCCAUGGAAGUACAAUGAAAAUAGCAAUGGUUCUAGUACUGAUAGUGAGAAGUCUAGUAAAGAGGAGAACAAACAACAAGAGCAGAGAGUUCAAUCUGCUCCAGUAGUGAAACCUAAGCCUAAAGCUGGACCUGCCAGUAAAACAAGACGUGUGGAAAAUGAUAAUGCUCAUCCAGGGCCAUCACAUAGUUCCGAUUCUCAACCACCACCAACAAAUGUUCAAACACCUUCAGUACACAUACCUAGCACACCAAACUUGAAUGGACGUUUUAAAUUGCUGCCAGGCCCAAACAACAUGUUUACCUUAGUAGAAGAUACAUCAGUUCCAGUAGUAGAAAAUCAUAAAAGUAAAAAGCGUAAAUCUGAAACAGAAUCAGAAAUAAAAACGAAGGAGCCUAAGCGAGGUAACCAUAAGUCGAAUAGCCCAGAUGUAAUUAAUCUAGAAGAAAAAUCAACACCAUACCCUGUCGGAUUAUUCCAAACAGUUGCCCAUUCUGGUCAAAUGUACCAACAACCGAUGGCGACCCCUACAGUUGCAUUUACAACACCAGCCAUGAAAAAGCAAUCUUACACAGUAGUCCAAACCGGAAAUCCCAGUAAAUUGCUAAUAUCAACGAAAGCCCUAGCCCCACCUGUUGAAGUACCGAAAAAACGAGUAAGAAAAUCUAAACCUGAAGUUCGAGAGGAUGAUGAUUCCAAAGAGCCAUUUAAGGUAACAUUAGAAGAUGUCGCUCCACCAAAAGAUGCUGGCUUCUUCACAUUUAUCAAUGUAGACCCAUUGUUACAACCUUCAUAUGUUUUACCUACCGAUAAUAUAAUUCAAGAAUCCCAAAUUUCAACUUCUUCUGCUGUUCAAAAUGCCCCAGAAAACAUCAAAGAAAGUAAAGAUAAGGAUAAGUACUCGUGUAAUAUGUGUGGAGAAAGUUUUACAAGGGAAAAGAAGCUGUUAGCUCAUAUACAGUCACAUUAUUCAAAGAUGGACGAAGAAGACCAGUUAAGGGCUGAAAAGGGGCCUAAGAAAAAAAGCAGGAAGUCAUAGCAGCUUCAUCGUGGACGGUGAGGAUUGAGAAUUGUAACUAUGUGAAAGUGUUGGUACUCAGCCAUUUAUGAAUUCAACUAAAGUGAACUGGGCAACAAGUUGAUAAAGGUAUGUAGAUGUCAUCUGGAUAAUG